ACAAUUCGACAUCGUCAUCAACCGUUCAACAUCAACACAAUAUCAAACUGUACCAACCAAAAGUCAAACGAAAAAAAAAACAUUGUUCAUUUUUUCGCGGGUUCCGAUUGAUUUUGUUAUUUUUUUUGUUACAAACAUACACAAUUGACACUUCUGGACGAGAGACACUUCGAAAAUUAAAUACAAUCGCAAUUCGAUUCAAUUGUUUUGUGGUGCUAGUGAAUUGUUUUUUUUUUGGUGAUUUUUGUGUCUGUUCUCCGUCUGUCUUAAAUUGUUUGUGUAUCUUUUUCGAACAUUUUCUUUCCGAAUUGGUCGCCUUCAAAGUUAAACUUAUUGUGAGGACCCAAAAUAAACAAGCGGAUUGGAAAACAUCUGAAAAUUCAAUAACAUUUACGUGUAUAGUUUUUUUUCCCUCCCGUAAUCCUGAGAGUUUUUGAGUACGUGUUUUUGAAAUCACAUUUGGGGUAUAUUUUUAAACGACGACAAAUAAUUUGGUUUUGAUUGUUUUUGUGUGUGUGCAGUGCGCGCAUAAUUACAGUGCAAAACUGGCCCAAACGUAUAUGUGUCGGUAGACUAAAGACAAAAUUUCAUUAGUGUCGUAACCAAAAAGGAAGAGGGAAUAAGAAACAUAAUAAACAAAUAGCAAGCAAAGUCAGAAACGACAUUUUGGAAGGGCGUUUGCCAUGUUCGUUUGUGACACAUGCGCUACUCGGUUCUUAUUUAGUGCAAUCGGAAUUAGGUGACUACGAUCCAAACGAUCACAAGGAUCGCAGCUAUGUGUCAGAGUUCAAAUUUGCUCCAGAUCAAACGCCUGAGCUGGAAAACAAAGUGAUUGAUUUGCAUAAAACGCAUCGCGGUCAAACGCCAGCCGAAGCCGAACUACAUUACUUGGAAAAUGCCAAAAAGUUGGCGAUGUACGGUGUGGAUUUGCAUCCAGCCAAAGAUUCCGAAGGUGUUGAUAUUAUGCUUGGUGUUUGUGCGACCGGUUUGCUGGUUUAUCGUGACAAAUUGCGCAUAAAUCGUUUUGCAUGGCCAAAAAUUUUGAAAAUCUCCUACAAACGCCACAAUUUCUACAUAAAAAUCCGACCUGGGGAAUUUGAGCAGUACGAAUCGACGAUUGGCUUCAAAUUGGCCAAUCAUCGUGCCGCCAAAAAAUUAUGGAAGGCAUGCGUUGAACAUCACACAUUCUUCCGUUUGAUGACACCGGAAACGGUCGAAAACAGUUUGUUUCCGAAAUUGGGAUCGAAGUUUCGUUACUCGGGUCGAACAAUGUACCAGACGAAGAAAGUACCAGUUGAUCGGCCAGCACCACAGUUUGAACGAAGCUUAACCGGAAAACGACUAACCAGUCGCAGCAUGGACGGUCUCGCUCUUGAGCGUAAAGAAGAUAAAGAUGCUAGCAAGCGGCAUACAAUGUCACAUCCACCGGAUCAUAUCCCCGAAUUGGAUUCACCACGCCAAUCACGUAGUCCACUGAAGAAAGGCAAAAAGGAACAGUUGAAACGUGAAUCAAGUACUGGUACUGCUUCGGCAUCGUCUCAGAGUUCAUUAGAGGGUGAAUAUGAAACCGGUGCCAUCGGACCAAAUAAUACACUAAUCGCCACUACUUCCACCUCAAAUCAGAAGCCAGCCGGCGGUGUUGCUGUUCUUCCGCCAAGUGGCAAAUCUGGAAAGAACAAAGAAAAUGAGAACGUUAAUGGUAAUGAUGCCAAGGACACACCAGUCAAAGCAGAUUCACCGGAUAAGGAUAAGAAAGGGGACAAACGCAAGGGUGGCCUAUUCUCGUCUGGUCGCAAAUCACCGAAAGAUAAGGGCGAUAAGGACAAAGGUAAAGAGGAGAGAAAACUUGCGAUUGCUAUAACUGAACAGCAACCGGAAAAGGAUGCAAAACAACAAGAAAAACCAAGUUCACCGAGCCACACACGUCCAUAUGAGUAUACCGAAAACGAUGACAAUGCAAGUCCAACGCGACGCACUUUCACUCCGGGCGCUUUCCGCUACGACGAGGAUCCAGUCUCGAAAGCAAAACGUGAUUCAGAUGGUGGUCAGCUAAGUCCAAACUCGCAGGCACGUCGCGCAACUGGUUACGCUUUCAAUUAUGCACCAGGUGAUGAUGAUGCCCUUCGUCAGCAAGCCGAAAAAUUGAAAUCGGGUGAAUUGAGUCCGAAGAGCAAGGAUAAAAUACCGAAAACCAUUGACAUUUCGGCUCCACUCAAAGCCAGCAAAUCUUAUUCGCCAACCAGCGCAGAAAAACCAUCUGAUAUUGCGGCCGGCUUAUACAGACCUACUGGCGAAUCACGUGGCGAUCCACACAGCGGCGCCUUCCUCGACGCCGAACGUGAAGAUUCAAAAGUGCCCAUUGUCCCAGUGGUCGCACCUGAUGCUAAAAAGAAGCGUGUCAAGAUUUUGGUGCUCAUUUCAAGUCUUGAUCCAAAAACCAAACGCAUCGAUACCGCCAACCCAAGCGCUGUCGUUGAACAUUCGACUGGUAUUUUAACUGAAAAUGGCAUCGAAACGAAAUAUGGUCUCUUGAGCCCAGAGAAAUCCACAUUGCAAAUCAUCAAUUCGAGUGGCAACACCGACACUUAUCAAGGCGCAAAAGAUACCAAGACCGGAAAUAUUCAUUUUGCAUCGGGCGGUGUUGCAAACCCAACCACCGGACAACUUGACAAUUCGUUGGGCCAAAUUAUUUGCAUUGCACCUCAGGAUAAGGCAGUCAUUGACGUAACUGGUAUCACUGGCAAAUUGGAUGCUCAAGGAAAUGUCGAUAUUGCCAACGGCGCCAUUGAACGCUCACGCGGUUUGUUGGAUUUGAAUAAUGACACCAUCGACACAAAAUAUGGAAUCAUCGAUUUGAAAACCAGCGAAAUCCGAUUGAUCGACCCAAAAACAGGGAAACCAACAUCGAAGAAAGCAAAAUACGACAAAGCCACCGGCUUAUUCACAAUUGCUGGCGCAACCGAUGCUAAAGGAAAAUACGAUCCAAAUCUGCACCAAGUAGUUGCACUUGGCUCACAAAUCGAUCCAGUCGUCGAGGUAACUUCGGUCAUUGGUAAAGUGGACAAGAAGGGAAUUCUUGACUCGAAGACAUCAACGAUUGAAAACACAACUGGACAGGUGAAUGGGAAUAAGGUCGACACAAAAUAUGGCCAACUGGAUUUAGUGAAGCAUACGAUUACAUUGAGCGACGGUAAAACCAAGGACUUCAAAGUGGAUCCGGUUUCUGGACAAAUUAUCAUCAAAAAUGUCAUCAAUCCCAAGAAUCCAGGUAAAUCUGAUAAGGAUUAUGCGCAAAUUCUGAGCUUGAAGAUUGUCAAUCGUCGCGUUGACCCAGCUGGCAAGGUUGUUAAUUCGGCCGAUGGCAAAGAUGUUGUUGUUGAUAAAACCAAUAAAAUCUGGAUUGCUGGCAGCAAAGAUCCAAAAAGUAAUGAACCAAACUACUACACAAGCUCACAACUGGAUCCAAAAACCGGCACUAUCACUAUUGUCUAUGGUUUAGUCAAUCCAAAGACCAAUGAAAUCGAAAAGCAAACCAAACUCUUGCCCAGCGUUUGCGUGACAAACAAUGUUGACGGUGCACUGUACACCUCGACCGGUGAAGUGGAUGAAACCACUCGAGAGCCAAUAUUUGCAACAUCGAUCAUUGAACCAGACACAAAGAAUGUUGUCACCAAAACGGCACGCGUCCGUCCUCAGACCGGUGAAAUUGUUUUGGUACGCAUUGAUUAUCCGAAAGUCCAGGUGCCGACAUUGGUCCAAGAGAAAAGAACAGCAACAACACCUGUGAAACAAGCCGAAAUCAAGACCACACAUCAAGCUAAGGCUGUUACACCACCGAAAGUACCGACAAGCGUCAAAGUAGCAACGCCAACCACACCAACUGGUCCGGCCUCCAUUUCGAUUACCGCUACUUCAACCAUGACACCAAAACAACAGCAACAACCAGCCACCUCGACCAUUACACCGAAACAAACUACUCCACCAAAACCUGCUGCCGCCACUACCACCACUACAGUUACUGCUGCAGCUCAGCCAGGUAGUCGAGCUCAACAGAUUACAGCGUCAGUAGCUGCACCAGUAGCAGCAGCAGCUGCACAAAAAGCAGGCGAACCAGUUGCCAUCGUACCUCAGAAGAAUGCCAUAAUUGAAAUCGUCACGAUCGUCGGUGUUGCUGGUCCGGAUGGAAAAGUUGAUUUCUCAAAGGCACAAUUGGAACGCUCACGCGGUAUUUUGAAUGUACAAAAUGGAACCAUUCAAACCAAAUACGGUUUGAUUAAUCCAGCUGCAAAGGAGGUCACCACCACUGAUAAAUCGGGCAAAACAUCCACAACAAAACCAAUCACUUUGGAUGCAUCGGGCCAAAUUAUUAUUGCUGGUGGCGUUGAUAGCAAAGGAAAACCGGACAACAAUAUUCGUCAAAUUAUUAACUUGGGUCCAGAAGUGGAAUCGCCAGUCGUUGAAGUGACGUCAAUUUCGGGCAAAUAUGAUGCAAAGAAAGGAAUCAUCGAACCAAAAUCAGCUGUAGUCGAUGUAACUCAAGGUCAAUAUGAUCCCGAUAAGAAUACAAUCACCACAAGCUAUGGUGAAUUGGACAUUCCAUCAAGUACAAUCACAUUCAAGCAUCCAAAGAGCGGUAAACUUGAGAAAAAGGACGUCAAAUUUGAUCCAAUCACCGGACAAGUUAUUUUGCGCAAUGAAAUCAAUCCCAAGAACAAAAAAUUGGACAAGGAUUAUGGUCGAAUUUUAUCGUUGCGCAUCGUUCAUCGCAAAAUUGAUCCAGUCAGCGGAAUGGUCUCUACUCCAACAAUCACUGGCAAAGAUAUCAUUGUCGAUCCACAAACUAAUCAAUUGUGGAUACCAGAAAGCAAAGAUCCAAUUACAAAUGAAACGGUUUAUGUUUCGACUCAAGUCGAUCCAAAGGGCUACAUCAUCACCAUUUAUGGAUACCUGGACCCGAAAACCAAUCAAAUCAAGAAACACACAGCCGUCGAAUCGAAUAUCACGAAAACCGAUGAAUCCGGUCAAUUGUUCAUCGCCAGCGGUGAUGUUGAUGAAAAUGGUGAUCCAUUGUUUGUUGCCUCACAAGUUGACGAUGAAUCAAACGAAGUGUUCACAAAAGUGGCGAAAGUUGAUCCAAAAACCGGCAAAUUAGUUCUCAUCAAGAUCAUUUUGAUAACAAAGAAAGAUGAACGUGGUGUGCCCAAGGAAGUGCCAGCCAGUGAAGUUGUACGCGAUCCAUCAUCCGGAGCCAUUCGAAAUGUUUUCAAUAAAACGGUUUACGUAUACAACAUGGUUGAUCCAAUCACCGGCGAAAUCAUCCAAGUCGAUCCAAAUGAUCCACGAAUUGCUGGCGCUCGUACAACAGUAACACAAACAAUGACACUAUCCGGCGAAAUUGAUCCAGUAACCGGCCGAAUAAAGACCGAAUAUGGUCACAUAGAUCCAGAAACAGGGGAUAUUUCGGAAGAGACAGCAGUCACUGAUCCGGUAACCGGCAAAAAGAUUUUGAACUACGCUCAAAUCGAUCCAACACAUUUCGGACGCGAAGUGACAAUUCAAACCACAACGACGCCAAUUUCACGCGAUCAAUUCUUCGAAGGAAUCAAGCAUUUGGGACCAUCUGUUGUGAAGCAAGUGGCUGAAGGCGGUAGCUCAGACGAUGACAUUGAACCAUACGGAGAUGAUUCCGUACGAACGACAACAACCACGACGACAUCACAAAAAUCAAAUACGCCGACCGUUGUGAAAACAACAACCAAACAGGUGCUGACCAAAAAUGAUGGCGGUGUCACACACAAUGUCGAGGAGGAAAUUCACAAUUUGGGCACCGGCGAAGUCUUAUUCUCUACACAAGAACACAAGGCUGACCCCGAAGAUAAGUCCGGAGCAUAUGUAACUGCAACGGCAGUCACCACGCGUACGGCCACCACACAUGAAGAUUUAGGUAAAAAUGCCAAAACGCAGCAGCUCGAAGAAAAAACCGUUGCGACAACAACCACGCAUAAUUUGAAUCGUCAAGAGCAGCGUGUUGUUACGCAAGAGGUUAAGACAACGGCCACUGUUACCAGCGGUGAACAGUUUAAGCGACGAGAUAGCGUUUCGUCAACAAGUUCUGGCGAUUCGGGUACUCCAAUCGACGGGCCAGACGAUCAGAACGUAACCAUUGAGCAAAAGACAACAGCCGCAACAACAUCGGCAGCACCACCAACGACAACGGAGAUUUCGACAACAGUGGACCAAAUACCAUCGGACGGCGAACAGCGACAUGUUAUACUCGGCGAUAAUAGCCAGGGUUACACGGCCGAAGGCGAAAUCAUUUCCACCCAAACCGUUAGCAGCAAAACACGAACCGUAGAAACAAUCACCUACAAAACUGAGCGUGAUGGCAUUGUUGAAACUCGUGUGGAGCAGAAAAUUACAAUUCAAUCUGACGGUGACCCAAUCGAUCAUGACAAAGCUUUAGCUGAAGCAAUUCAGGAGGCAACAGCUAUGAACCCGGACAUGACAGUUGAGAAAAUCGAAAUCCAACAACAAACUCAAUAAAGAUGAUCAACAUAUUGAUGCAAACAAUUAAUUUAAUUUAGAUUUUGGAAAACGGAAGAAAAACCUUUAUAAUUAACGAAGUAAAGAGAAAAGAAGAAAAAUAUGAAGAAAAAUAUGAAGAGCAACUUGUAAUUGAACAAUGUAUUUUUUUAUUAUGUAAUGUAUUUUUAAGUUUACAUUAUCAUUGUGUAUUAUUUCUAUGGUUUAGUUUCGAUUCUUUUUUUGCAUUUUCGAUUAGAAUUUCGACAUUGUCAACGACAAAAAAUGUAGCAAAUGAAUAUUAUGACAAGAGUAAAUCAAUUUUUCUUUAUUUUUCCUACAUGAAAAAAUAGAACAUUUUUCUUUUAUUUCACUUUUUGAAUGGAACAUCAUUUCAAACUGAUAUAUUAUCAUUUCAUUUUUGUUGUUGUUUUUAAAACCCUUUUUCAAAUGAAAUACGAAAAUGAUGAUGAAAACAAUACAUAAAUGGCUCAGAGUCGAACUUUUCAAAUUCGUUUUUUGUGUGUGUAGAAAUGCGUUAGCUCAUUUUUUUACAAAUGGUUAUGGCAUAUAAUGUUUUAAAAAUACAUCUGAAAAAUAUUUUAGAUAUGAGCUUUCGCCUUUGUGUCAGUUUUUUUUUUGGUUUUCAACUGUUUCUUUAACAUUCUCGAGUACCUAUGAAGAAAAAAAAUUAUAGUUAUUAUAAAUCAAAACUGCCCCCUCCCCCCAAAAAACACGAAUGAAUAUAUAUAUGUAAUGUUGAAUAAUGUUUAAAAACAACUUGAACGCGCGCCGCUGCAUUAUCAAUUCAAAGCAAACACAAACACAAACGCAAUAACUUAACUGCUUGGCGCAUCACUUGCCCGCAUACAUACACAAUUUAAUCGAAAUAUUGUUGUUGUAAAUCAAAUAAAUCCGAAUAACAAAACACUCCUACUUACAUAUACGACGAAAUAAAAAGAAGAUAAGAAAUUAUAAUACAAAUAUUGCAAUAAAAUCACGAAAUUUUCGCAUCCAUCAUUAUUGUGCAUAGAAAGUUGAUGAAUGCUUCGUAAUUUUCAAAUGCAAUAGCCACAAAGAUAAAAAAAAUCAACUUAUCUAAAGCUUACAUAUGAUUGAAAACCGUUGAAAAAAACAUUUCACUACUUACCGAAAUAAUAAUCAAUUUGCCUCGCUAAUGAAGAAAAUACAACUUCUGAAUAGGUUAAAAAUUUAAGGGGACGAGCAUUGAAAUAAAGAGAAUGAUUAUUGGAAUUGAACAAGAAUAACAAAUGAUAAGACGAACCGAUUUUAUAAUGCAAAAUGACGUUGCAAAAGUAUAAAACUAAAAAAAAAAAAUGCAAAAAAAUCAAAUUAAAAACAUGAAAUUAAAAUUCAAAUUAUUCAUUUAGCUUAAGGCACACAAUCACACUUACAUAAGGAAACAUAUACACAAACACACACAUGCAACACACAAAUACACGUUUUGAGAAUGAAAAAAAAGCAUAAAAUGGGCCCUCUAAACUGAAAAAAAAUAUCACAGAAUAACAAAAUCUAUCUAAAAUUUUACAAUUCUGUCUGAUCCAAUAUAUGCGUUUAUAUUUAAUAGACAAGAAAUGAACCGAAUAUAAAAAAAAUACGAAUCUCAUUUUGUGUGCAUUUAAAAAAGGAACUAAUACAAACGGAAAAACAAUUCUUAAUAAGCAUUGACUUCUUUUUCUAAUUGUUGAUAAUUUCAAUUUUUAUUUCUUGUCAUUGAAAGAAAACACUUUUCAAAAAUAAA